GACCUGGAUUGAAGGAGCGUUAGGGAGAUUCACAUAUUAAAUUCUCAUUUAUGUUGCUUUAUUUAAAAAGUUAAAACAAGGGGGAAUUAUUUUGAAAAUACUUUAUUCUUCAGAAUGAAUGAAACUCUUUUUAUACUUUUGUUAAAACUUUACCUUAAUCUUUACAGUUUUCAUCACCUGUACCUUACAGAGACUGCCUGCAUCUUUCUGCCCUUUUCUUUUACAGGAGCUUUUUUUCUGUGCAUAUGUGAGUACAUUGAGGAUGUAGUUGCCAGCUUUCAACUAUACUAACUGGGUACUAACUGUAUGUAAGAAGUCUGAUAAUUGAAAAUGGCAAAUGAAACUUUUGUGAAAAAUGUUGACAGCUUUAUAAUUACUGGAUUUGAUCACCUGCAGAACCAAAAGCUUCUUGGAUCGCUCAUCUUGAUAUCCUACAUGUUCAUAUUACUUGGGAAUGGCAUCAAUCUGUGUAUCAUCUCGACUGACAGACAUUUACACAAACCAAUGUACAUAUUAAUCUGUAAUCUAGCUGUUGUUGACAUAAUGUACUCCUCGACCUGCAGCACAACCAUGAUCUCAGUGCUGCUGGCUGAGAUUAAAACGGUUUCAUACUACUCUUGCAUCUCCAGGACAUAUUUCUUUAAUCUUGGAGAUUUAACAGAGUGCAUGGCUCUGACAUUAAUGGCAUUAGACAGACUUAUUGCCAUUAGUCUUCCUUUAAGGUAUCACAGCUUUGUAACAAACUCACGAAUAUUAUGGCUUAUUUUUCUAACCUGGAUAUUAAGUUUUGCUUUAAUAGGUUUUUUGACAUAUGUGGCAGACACUCUUCCAUACUGUCAGCCUAUCAUCAAAUACGUGUUCUGUAGUUAUUCUUCUCUGGUCCGAGCUGCCUGUGUUGAUCCUGAACCCUAUUUUGCUAUUUCUACAGUAUAUAGUAUGGUGACAUUGUGUGGACCUUUCCCUUUUAUUCUGUGCACGUAUGCUGUUCUAGCAUAUAGUGUGACUAAACUGGCCAACUCAAGCAGAAAGCAAAUGAUCAACACUUGCUUAAGUCAUAUAAUUGUCCUGUUCAGUUUUUAUCUACCUAAGAUCGUCUAUAUUUUACUAACUAAAAUAGGAGUUGUGUUGACUUUAACUGAGAGAAAUGCCGUUUUAAUUGUAUCCUGCUUUGUUUCUCUUUUAGUAAACCCCACUGUUUAUUGCAUCAGGACUAAAGAAAUCAGAAGAAAAAUAACAGAUAUAUUCUUGUACACACAAAAAAUAACCAAGUAAUUCAAAAUAAAUUUCAAACCUUUUAAUCUUAUUUGUGAUUUGUGGGGAUAUUACUCGUUAUUGUUUUGGUAUUGUUUUUGUGAAGCUUUGGCUCAUGUUAGAGACUAAGCCAAUAGAUAGAAAUGCUAAUGUUGAUUUAUUUGUUCAAUGGAAAAAAGGGAGAAUGUUUUGUAAAGACAGUAUUGACUGAAAUGUAAAUGUUGAACAGAAGAAUAUUCUCUGCAUUGACAAAAUCCUUGUUAAACAAAUUUGUUUGUAGAUGCAGUGUAUUCUAUAUUUAUAUGCAAAAAUGCAAUAAUCAUAAUAAACAUGAGUCUUGUUCCUCUGUCCGAACUGUAAUAUCACUUACUUCUUUUAAUAUGUGUGCAUAAGCAUUUAAACCAAUUAAUUGCAUUAAAACAUACAAAACAUUUAA